AAUCGAAACUCGGUAACUGACAACGAAAGGAAGCUGCAUGGUCGCCGAUAGGGCCUUAAACGUAAUAGUUUGGUUCAUUUGUAUUAGAUAUUUAUCAGAAUACGUACAUUUCAAACGCUUUUAGUUGACAUUUGGCCGCCAUGUUGUUGUAGUUUAGUAUCGAUGAGUAACAGCAGGAAGUUGGGCAGGGAACGUCUACCAGGUGGAUUGUCUGUUUUUGGAUAUUUUAUUCAGGUUGUCGCGUUACCUUUAGUAAGAUUUAGUCGAGUUAAAUCGAUUCUACACCUGCGGUGAGUGAGUCGGUGUCACGCUGAAACAUGGACUCGGACUCAGAGGUGGAAAGACUCUUUACAAAUGAGGAUGAGGUGGAGGAUGAGGAUGAGGAGAGGAAAAAGUUCAAGAGGCCUCCCUCCAGCUAUGGUUCAAUGAAGAGCGACAGUGAAAGCAUGGAGGACGAAGAGGAGGAGGAGGAGGACGAGGAGAAGAAGGGGGAGGAGGAAGAGGAAACAGAUGAUGUGGUUGUAGAACUACCUGAACCGCCUGCUCAUGACGAGACAGGGGUGCAGAUGAAUCGUCCCGACUCUCCAGAGACCCUCUACACCAUGACCACGCAGCAAACCAAACCUCCAGGAGCUGUUGUUAUUGACACCAGGUCGUCUGAUCUGGGGGAUUUCUCAGAAGAUAAUGAUGACGAGGAGGACGAUGAUGAAGUUUUGAUAACUAAUUCCCCGGAACCACCUGAGCCCAUUGAACCAGACGAUACUAUAGAGACUGAUGACAGCAGCCAGCCAGGCAGACUGCACCCAGAGCAGGACAUGCCUCAUGUAUUCAGGAGUAUGCAGAGUAUUCUGACAGGCCUCAGCAAAGAGGACCUAUUGACCUUUAAGAUGACGUUUCACCAAUGGGAAAAACGCAUGACAAUAUCGGAUACAAUGACGGGAGACAUACUUGACUUUGUGGACAAAAGUCUGGAGAUUCUUGGCCAAGAACGUGCGCUGACGCAUACAAUAAAUACUCUGGAAACUACUGGCAAAACAGAAGAGGCAGAGAAACUAAAGAAACAGUGCCAGAGAGUGUUGCUCCGUCAUAUUCUGAGGCAACAAUUAAGCAGAAAACAUCACGUAAUCCACGAAGGAAUCGCUCAAGCCGGAAAGCAGCAUUUGCUAGAGACCGUCUACGUGGAGCCGCUGAUUGCCAUGUGUAGUAACGGAGGAGUUGACCAGUCCCACGAGUUCAGACCCCCGCCUUCGAUGCCUCUCCAGGUUCCCAGCACUGUCACCCACGUUGGUGUGAACGAUCUGUUCCGACAACAGAAAGAUGACGGCACGCCGGUGAGAAGGGUGCUGACCACUGGUAUUCCAGGAAUUGGCAUGUCUGUCUGUGUGGCGAAGUUUUCACUGGACUGGGCAGAACAUCGGGCCAAUAUGGACAUACAGUUUGUCAUCAAACUUUCAUUCCAAGCUAUGUGGAAUCUGCGAAACAGAGACAAUCCUCCUUGUAAGAAGAUGUCCAUUAUGGAAGCCAUAGGGUUUUACUAUCCAGACUUAAGAGGCAUGCCUUUCCUGGACGAAGACAGCUGUAAAUAUCUCGUCAUAAUGGACUCGUUUGAUCGCUACCGAGCUCCUCUGGACUGGGAGAAUGCUCCAGUCAUAAAUGACAAUCACACCCAAGCACAUCCUGAUGUCCUGAUUGUAAACAUCUUCCGAGGCACUGUGCUUCGUGGUGCCCGUGUCUGGAUCCUGGGGAGGCCUGCAGCCGUCUCACAAAUACCGUCUCAGUUCAUAGACCUCUACACAGAAAUACAGGGCUAUAGUGAGGAGUUGAAGGACCAAUUCAUGACCAAACGCUUUGUCAGUGCAGAGCUGGCUGCAAAGAUUAUGGCACAUUACAAACGCCUACCGACACUGAAGAUCCUUACUCGCCAACCCUUUUUCUGCUGGAUGGCAGCCAAAGUGUUCGAGCGACGCUUCCGUUAUCAGGGCUACGGAACGGAACCUCCCAGACUGACACCGUUCUACGUCAACAUUUUUGUGAUCCAGAUGAAUCGCAGGCUGGAGUCCUAUCAUGAAAAAAUUCAAAUUCAUCUGAAAUGGCCCGCCGAAGACAAGGACAUGCUGACGAACAUGGGAAAGAUGGCCUUUGUGAUGUUGGAGAAGAACACCAGUGUGUUCUAUGAGGAGGAUUUGAAGGAGCAUGGCCUGUCGUUGUACGAUGUGGUGGUCUGCACUGGCUUUUGCACAGAACUCCGCACUACUGCCGCAGAUGGGAAAAGGACGUUCUGCUUUUUUCACUUCACGUUUCAGGAGUUCAUGGCUGCUCUGUAUGUCUUCAAAAUGUUUCACAUGGAGUCUAAGAACAUUUUGGACACUGGGUCGAGAAUGUCCAAGAUCUUCUCAUCCAAAUGGUCGAGCAAAUCAGCAGCAGGCCUGGUCCACAAUGCUAUAGUGCGAACCUUUAACGCCCCACUGGGCCACUAUGACAUGUUCCUGCGCUUUCUGUGCGGCCUGCUUAACCCAGACUGCCACGAAGAGCUCCUCGGUGGGGUCCUUUGGCCCGUCAGGACCCCAAAGGUGGCUGGGCUGGAUGAGGUGCAGCGGCUGCUGGAGCAGACCAUCCAGAAAGCUCCUGCAGACCGGGUGGAAAACCUGAAGGAGUGCCUUAGAGAGAUGAUCCAGGAAGAUCAAUGAGGUGGGGUCGGAUCACUACAUGAAAACAACUGUCACUACGUAUGGAUACGAUGGAUAUAAAAUGAAUAGUGCCUUCGAGUUUCUGUGUCAUCACAGAAUUCACCAGGAAUCCAGAUGUAAUGUCCAAAGUAAUGUCCAAAUCACUAGCUAAAUUUCAAACAUUAGACCAUUGCUUGAUCUUAUGAUGACAUUAAAGAGGUAGUAAAGUUACUGCAGCAUCAGACAAAAUAUAUUGCUCGCCGAUGCAUUCUGGUACAGUAGACUUUAUGCAAUAUGACAGUGUGUUACCAAUGAAAAUGCUUUCUCACAUUUGAAUUUUCUUCAUUUAGAUGCCAUUUUUUGUGUUAAUCUGUGUCCUUUUCUUGCCCUCAGCUCAAUACAUAGGAGUGGGGACAGAAGUAACUGCAUUAAAGAAGUUUAAAAGUGUGAGAAAUAUAUACUAAGCAUGAAUCAAAAGUUAUAACUAUGGUAUUCAUUGUUCCCACUGUAUACCAGGCUUGUUCCUAAUUAUACAUAAACAUAAAUACCCUACAUGUCAACAAAAAAUAGUACAAACUAUAAGAUGAUCCAAUUUUCAAUCAUUUAACAGUCAGUGAUAUUACUAAUGUGUCGAUACAGCACUUGGGUAAUGAUAUUUGGAGGAAAGAGAAGGCCACAAUAAGAGAGCUCACUUUGUAAUUUUUUUAAUACUUAUUUUUUUUUAAGGGUGUGCAAGUGUAAAUUUACAGUUUAAAAUGGCAUCUAAAUGAAGAGUAAUAGUGUGUGUGAAUAGUUACUGUUGGCUUUAAAUCAUUUUGUAUAUUUA